CAGUAAACUAGCAUUUGUAAAUGAACUAUGGUUUCCUAGUUUACGGGUCUUCUUUAGAGUCUCAAAGUUUAGUGGAAAUGUUUGAGGAAAGAAGUGGAUCCGGCCACAACUUUCACUUGCUGGAAAUUGAACAUUGACUAGUUUCUGUUAGUGGCUCCUUCUUUUUUGAGGGAUUGAUCCUGUUUGGAUUCUACAAAUCAAGGGUCAGGAUUCUGAAAUGAAAAUGUGUGGGCUGUUUAUAAACUCUGAUUCCUUGGUGCUCAUGAAAUCUGUGUUCAGCCUUGUCAGCCAGCUUAGAUGGAAUAGUUUGUGAAGGGCAGAGCGGGAUGAGAUUGAAUUUCGUUUUAGCAUAGAUUCUUGACACACAGAGGAAUUUUCUUUUGUAAUGGGACUCUGCUUUCCCGUCUCCCCUGUCUCUGUCUGUUUUAGUAACUACUUUGCUUCUGAAGGAAAAGAUAUAUGGUUAGGAAAGAUUCCUUUAGACAGUGUUUUUAUCUGAUUCACUGAGCAGACAUGAGAUGGUCACCUACCAUGAGCGGGUCCCUACCAAGAGUGGGGACAUACGGAUGCAUUAGGGGCGUGGCUGAGAAGAUUGCUUCGGCCAGAUCUCAAAGGGCUUGACCCUUCCAGGCACUGGGGAGUCCUUCUUUUGAAAAUAGGAAAGGGACACAGUUGGUUUUGGUUGGUAGAAAAGAAACCUGUGAGACCAUGUGGAAGAUAGAAUGGGAGAGUGGGGAGAAAACUUCUGUUACCUGGUGUAACUAGUGGGGUAGUAUUCCAGUCUCUCACAGUUCAUUUAAAGCGGAGUAUAAGGGAAUUCUGGAGGGUCUGAACUCCAGGUUACAGGUUUUCAGACUUAAGCGGGCCCCAAUUCACCUGAGAGCUAGUUUCCAAUUCAGUAGGUCUGAAGGGGGCCUGAGAAUGUGCAUUUUUAAGCAAGUUUCUAAGUGCUGCUGAAGGUUGGGAACCACUGUGUAAGAGGCUCAGCCUCUGAGAUUCAGAUAAGGGUGUGAGGGCCAGAUGUAAUCCAUAUGCCUUCUUUCAGUGACCUAGAACUUCAUGUCUAUACUUUGCAAUCUCUUGGGUGGCUUACCACCAUAAUGUCAACAAAGCCUGGUAAGGCUUGUGCCCUCGGUCACAGUGACUCUUCUCACGAUAUCCGUAUCACUUCCGGAUGGGGUUUCCAGCUGAGUGCUCGUCCCUAAACAGCUGUUUGACUUCUUCUUGGAAAAUGCCCAUGCUGGGCACUUGAUUCUAUUAGGAUAGAUGACAUUGAUGCGGGAUAAGCUCCCACCUGCCCUUUAGCACACCCCCUGGUUGGCAGGACUGUUUCAGGGACUGCAGGCAGGCUGAGCACCGAGUGUGUGCUGUUGAUUAACCACGUUUACACAGGACAUGCCUGGGAGAUUAUCUCUUUAGCCCAGGAGUUGAAUUUCCAGGGCAAAGUCCACAGUUGGCAGCUGAUAGGCUGAGAACACCUGGAAGAGAGAAUUUCACUUGGCUUUCACUUAGCCAGGCCUCAGUGCCUCUUCCCAGAGAGGUCAGGCAUUCUACUUGUCUGCUGCCCAGGAGGGUAUCUUUGGGAUGCUUCUCGCAGAACAGUGUGGCUCCAGGGACUGCCCCCUUGCUAUCUAGUUCAAGACCCGUGGCUUCAGGGCUCUGGGUUUGCAGAGAGUAGAAAUGACCAUGACUGCCAACAAGAAUUCCAGCAUCACCCACGGAGCUGGAGGCACUAAGGCCCCUCGGGGGACUCUGAGCAGGUCUCAGUCAGUCUCUCCACCUCCAGUCCUCUCCCCACCAAGGAGUCCCGUCUACCCGCUCAGUGAUAGUGAAACGUCAGCCUGCAGGUACCCAAGCCGCUCCAGCUCCCGGCUGCUCCUCAAGGACUGGCACCCCCGUGAUCUUUCACCCCCAAAUCCUCAAGCUCCCUCCCCGGACACUUCACCACCCAUCUGUCCCCUCAAGGCCACCAACUUCAGCUAUUUGGACAGAAGCCCUUCAGCGUGCAAGAGAGAGGACCAGAAGGAGAACGUCCAAGGGGCAGCCCAGGAUGUAGAGGGAGUAGCUGCUUGCCUCCCCCUUGCCCAGAGCACCCCAUCCCUGGGGCCAACAGCUGGCCCACGGAGCUUCUUUCUGAACCGCACCGGCACCCGUGCCCACAGCCUGGGCAUCCGGGAGAAGAUUUCAGCAUGGGAGGGGCGCCGAGAGGCUUCGCCCAGGAUGAGCAUAUGCGGGGAGAAGCGGGAGGGCUCUGGGGGUGAGUGGGCGCUCAGUGAGGGCUGUCCCAGCGUGGCGCCAUCCCCCUGCAGCUCAGAAAAAGCCUUCGAUUUCAAGGGCCUCCGGAGGAUGAGCAGGACCUUCUCAGAGUGCUCCUACCCUGAGACCGAGGAGGAGGGGGAGGCGCUCCCUGUCCGGGACCCUUUCUGUCGGCCGGAGAGACGGGCAGGCCGGAGUGAGCCCAGCGCCUUCCUCAGGGGGCAUGGCAGCAGGAGAGAGAGCUCAGCAGUGCUGAGUCGGAUCCAGAAAAUUGAACAGGCCCUGAAGGAGCAGCCAGGCCGGGGACUCCCCCAGCUCCCCAGCAGCUGCUACAGUGUAGACCGAGGGAGAAGGAAGACUGGGACCUUGGGUACCUUGGAGGAACCAACAGGGAGCACGAGUGUGAACACUGGCAGCCGGGCAGGAGGAGUGGCUGGAGUUGGGGGGGAGGCAGGCCCACCCCUGGAGAGGGAUGGCAGUGGCUCCACUAAGCCAGGGACCCCUGGAAAUAGCCCGAGCUCCCAGCUGCUGCCAUCAAAGAGCUCCCCUGAUCCCGCUGUGAACCCUGUCCCCAAACCCAAGCGCACCUUUGAGUAUGAGGCUGACAAGAACCCCAAGAGUAAGCCAAGCAAUGGUCUACCUCCUUCGCCCACACCUGCUGCUCCACCCCCCCUGCCCUCCACCCCAGCCCCACCAGUCACCCGGAGACCCAAGAAGGACAUGCGUGGUCACCGCAAGUCCCAGAGCAGAAAAUCCUUUGAGUUUGAGGAUGCAUCCAGUCUCCAGUCCCUGUACCCCUCUUCUCCCACUGAGAAUGGUACUGAGAGCCAACCCAAGUUUGGAUCCAAAAGCACUUUAGAAGAGAAUGCCUAUGAAGAUAUUGUGGGAGAUCUGCCCAAGGAGAAUCCAUAUGAGGAUGUGGAUUUAAAGAGCCGAAGAGCAGGACGAAAAUCCCAGCAACUGUCUGAAAACUCCUUGGACUCUUUGCACAGGAUGUGGGGUCCUCAGGACAGGAAGUACAACAACCCACCCACUCAGCUCUCCCUGAAACCCAGCAGCCAGUCCCUGCGCAGUGGGAACUGGUCAGAGAGGAAGAGCCACCGGCUGCCGCGAUUACCCAAGAGGCACAGCCAUGACGACAUGCUGCUGCUGGCUCAGCUGAGCCUGCCGUCUUCACCCUCCAGCCUCAACGAGGACAGCCUCAGCACCACCAGCGAGCUGCUGUCCAGUCGCAGGGCCCGCCGCAUUCCUAAGCUUGUCCAAAGAAUUAACUCCAUCUACAAUGCCAAGAGGGGAAAGAAGAGGUUAAAAAAGCUGUCUAUGUCCAGCGUUGAGACGGCAUCACUGAGAGAUGAGAAUAGUGAGAGCGAGAGCGACUCCGACGACAGGUUCAAAGCCCACACGCAGCGCCUGGUCCACAUCCAGUCGAUGCUGAAACGCGCGCCCAGCUAUCGGACCCUGGAGCUGGAACUGCUCGAGUGGCAGGAGCGGGAGCUUUUCGAGUACUUUGUGGUGGUGUCCCUCAAGAAGAAGCCAUCUCGAAACACCUACCUCCCUGAAGUCUCCUACCAGUUUCCCAAGCUGGACCGACCCACCAAACAGAUGCGGGAGGCAGAGGAGAGGCUCAAGGCCAUUCCCCAGUUUUGCUUUCCUGAUGCCAAGGACUGGCUUCCUGUGUCAGAGUAUAGCAGUGAGACUUUCUCUUUCAUGCUGACUGGGGAAGACGGCAGCAGACGCUUUGGCUACUGCAGGCGCUUACUGCCCAGUGGGAAAGGGCCUCGGCUGCCAGAGGUAUACUGUGUCAUCAGCCGCCUCGGCUGCUUCGGCUUGUUUUCCAAGGUCCUAGAUGAGGUGGAGCGCCGGCGUGGGAUCUCUGCCGCCUUGGUCUAUCCCUUCAUGAGAAGUCUCAUGGAGUCGCCCUUCCCUGCCCCAGGGAAGACCAUCAAAGUGAAGACAUUUCUUCCAGGUGCUGGCAAUGAGGUGUUAGAGCUGCGGCGGCCCAUGGAUUCCCGGCUGGAGCACGUGGACUUUGAGUGCCUCUUCGCCUGCCUCAGCGUGCGCCAGCUCAUCCGGAUCUUUGCCUCGCUGCUGCUAGAGCGCCGGGUCAUUUUUGUGGCAGAUAAGCUCAGUACCCUCUCCAGCUGCUCCCAUGCCGUGGUGGCCUUGCUCUACCCCUUCUCCUGGCAGCACACCUUCAUUCCUGUCCUUCCGGCCUCCAUGAUUGACAUCGUCUGCUGUCCCACACCCUUCCUGGUUGGCCUGCUCUCCAGCUCCCUCCCCAGACUGAAGGGGCUGCCUGUGGAGGAGGCACUGAUGGUGAAUCUGGGAUCCGACCGAUUCAUCCGACAGAUGGAUGAUGAGGACACGCUGUUACCGAGGAAGUUGCAGGCGGCUCUGGAGCAGGCUCUAGAGAGGAAGAGCGAACUGAUCUCCCAGGACUCUGACAGUGACUCCGAUGAUGAAUGUAAUACCCUCAAUGGGCUGGUGUCGGAGGUGUUUAUCCGGUUCUUUGUGGAGACUGUUGGGCACUACUCCCUCUUCCUGACUCAGAGCGAGAAGGGAGAGAGGGCCUUUCAGCGAGAGGCCUUCCGCAAGUCUGUGGCCUCCAAGAGCAUCCGCCGUUUUCUUGAGGUUUUUAUGGAGUCUCAGAUGUUUGCUGGCUUCAUCCAAGACAGGGAGCUAAGAAAAUGUCGGGCAAAGGGCCUCUUCGAGCAGCGAGUGGAGCAGUAUUUAGAGGAACUCCCAGACACUGAGCAGAGUGGGAUGAAUAAGUUUCUCCGAGGUUUGGGCAACAAAAUGAAGUUCCUCCACAAGAAAAAUUAGGCUCCUUCCCCAGUAACGGGGCCCAGUGCCUUGCCGAGCCUCGAGCCUGCGGACGGGCCAGCUUGGAACCCCUGCGCUGCUGUGGCCGCCCUGCCCCCACAGACCCCGCCCUCCAAGCCAGCCCACCUCUGCCUUCACGAUAUCCCAGGAUACUGUUUGUAAAUAAUCUGCUGUAAGCUUUCUUAUCUCUUUUUGUAACAAGCAAAGAGAAUCUGGUAAAUAUUUGUAUAUUCCCAAGGGGCUGGGUGCUGGCGACUGGCCAAUUAUGUGCAGCUGACUGUCUCAGCCGAACCACUGAUCUUCCCCUGGAGGCUCCUGGCCUGCCUGCCUGAGGCCCCUGCUGCCAGUCUCGGGCCCUGGAGAGCAGAUGCUGUCUUGUUCUGUACAGGAGGACUAUUUUUUUUUUUUAAAUCUUAGAGUUUCUAUUUUUUUCUAGUAGUCACCCCUCCCCUAACCCUCCGUUUUUGAAAGGCAAAGGCCAAUCAAUUCCCAUUUGCAGCAUGGUACCAGGCACUUGGGCCUGGCCUUCUCUUGUUCCUCCCACCUUUGUGAUGGUCAGUGAGUCACGGGAAGCCCACCCCCCACCUCCGGCUGUGCCAGUGCUCUCCUGGCCCAGCUCCCAGUCAGUGGUGGCCAUGAUGCGGUACAGGGCAUCCCUCCUUCCCACCAUCUACGGGUGUUCUCAAUAAACAGUGUACAGUUGUUUGGGCCCAGAGCCCUACGUGUUCCUUGGCUUCAUUUUCUAGAGUUCUCUCUCCUGGGAGAUGGGCUGAGAUGGGCCGAUCAGGAAUGAAACACCAUCGUGCAGGGAAUUGAGUACUCCAUUAAGAGUUUAGCUUCAGUGUGAGUCACGUACCUGCCCUGAAAUCAAGUUCUCUGGCUGGAACCGAAUGAUUGGUCUUAGAAGAUACCUUGUCGUUGUUCUUGUUCAGCUUGCCUCUUCAAUAACCAACUGUUCAGACUGUCUGUAAGCGUUCCCAGUGAUGCAAAGAAUGCUCAGUGCUUUCAACUCCACUGUUAGGUGAAUCUGAACAUUUUCCUAUUUAGUAUGAAGCCCUUAAGAUAUCCUUGGGUAUCCUGACAUUGGUGGGGAGAAGCUCAGCAAAAGCCAACCCAGGCUUGUUCAUAGCCCUGACCCAUUGCCUAUAGCUCUUCUGUCAUUCUGUGACUAGUCUUCUCCUGUUGGAUCCCUACGUUUGCAUGCAGAAACUUUUGCAAUAUUCCAUGGAAAAGCAAGAAGAGAAGCACAGCGGGGAAUAUGGGUGGCUGAGGCUUUUCACCCACCCAAGACCUUCGCAGAGCAGAGACCGUGAAAAUUUCCAAGGUGAGAGAUGAGGCAGUAAGCUGGAACUCUUUUCAUUGGAAUUCAGUUUGGGGCUGGCAGGAUUUGAACCAAGGAGUAGAUCUUUCCUGUCCUUCCACCCUGGCCUACUUAAACAAGAGACAGUCCUAUCCUUAAUUCCCUUCCCUCCUUCUCCCCAUUUCCACUGAGGCCUGGGCCGGUCCCAACGUGUCUGGGGCUUGGGGUUGCUAUCUGCCUUCUAUAGUAGAGGGUUUGUCUUCUGGGAAGACGAAGUCUCUUCUCCUCUGAAAGAGUCUCCUACAUAGUUGGCUUUUGGCAUCUUCCAGGAAUAGGGAGGCAGAGACUGAGGCCUCAUGAGUCUGAGUUUUCAGCUGAGGUAGAGAAGACAGUGCUUAUCACCGGAAAGUCCAGAGUCGGGUGUAGUUACCUCCAGGACUCAUUCCUGUUAACCCAGCCUGGGCUUCGUGACAGUCACAGAAGCAGAUUCCUUAACAAUA